AUGCUCUCCCGCCAGCCCAACGGGUCAUUUACCCUGCGCAAACACCAUAAAGAGCUUUCAAAAGAGAUGGUUAGACUGGUGAAGGACAGGAACUGGUGUCCGCAUACCGUGACUAAGACAGUGACCUGUCAGGUGCAGAAUGGCACGACUCUCCAGAGAGUCUAUCAGACCUGCAGGUGGCCUCAGGGUUGCAAUGGGGGAAGUUAUCGUACUGUGGUUCGGCCAUCCUAUAAAGUUGUUUACCGCACCAUCACCUCUCUGGAGUGGAAAUGUUGUCCUGGAUUCAGCGGAUCACAGUGUGAGGAAGGAUCUUCCAGUAAUCUGGUGGCCCAGGAGGCUGUAAGGAAACAGGCUACACUUCUGAAACCUGCCACCAAAACUGGAGAACAGAUCUCGAACUGUCUGAACUGCAGUCGUAUCACUGCCCUCACGGAUCGUCUGAGUUCAUUGGAGACCAAGGUUCAGCUUCUUACUGCCCCGGCAUCCACCUCUCAUCGACAGACGCAGUUAAAGAAGGAACCUGACUCCUCCUUCCUGAUGGGGGCGACACCUGCUAAAGGGGCUCCUGGGGCUCAGGGUCCUGCAGGUCCACAGGGUGAGAAAGGACGUGAUGGUUCACCUGGUAAAGAUGGUAAAGCAGGGUCUCGGGGUCUUCCAGGACCCAAAGGGGAUGUGGGUACCAGAGGUCCAUCUGGGGCUCCGGGGUCUAAAGGAACAGCUGGUCCUCCAGGUCCUCAGGGACCACCGGGCCUCCCAGGAGAGAAAGGCCUCCCUGGGCCACCAGGUCCUCCAGGGCCCCCUGGACCUCCAGCUCCUGUAUCUGAACAAGAUGGUCUGAAAAAAGAAAGUCUGCUUCAUAACAACUUCCCAGACCUUCGAGGGACCCCCUCGCACGGACCACCAGGCCCAGCUGGACCAACCGGACCCCCAGGGCCGAUAGGACCAAGUGGACCACCAGGGCCUAUGGGACAAACUGUAACUUACAGGCUAAUAGGAAAAUGUGGGAAAGCCAUGAGCCCCUGGUUUGCAAGGCCUGUUGGACCAAAGGUGAACGAGGUGAAAGAGACCUCUUGGAUAUCCAGGCAGAGAGGGUUCAAAGGAGAGCCGGGAGAGCCAGGACCUAAAGGAGAGCCAGGGGAGAAAGGUCUUCCGGACUUUAAUUUGAAGAAGUUCCAAGUACUGCAGGCUGACUUAGAGCUGCUGGCUCGCAGGGUGCAGCUGCUGGAGGCGAUCAUCUGGCCAGAAGCAGACCUCGGGUCAGGCGGGCCUGUUGGCACACCAUCUCCGACGUUCUACCGGAUUAAGAGGGCAAGAAUGUCAUCUUUCCGCAUCAACUCUCCUUUAAUCACUGCUGAGACCAAGGUUCGAGGGAAAUAGUCUGACUAUUCCAAGAAAAGCGAAGCCAUCAUUUCCAUCUCGAUUCCAUCAUCCGUAAAAAAUUCAACUGAACUGGUAACAAAUACACAAGUCUCCUGAGACGCAUACACACAUUUUACAGAUCCAGAUGCUUUGGACUAUAGUUAAUCCCUCAGGGAAGACCAAAUGGUGCUGCAUAAAUUAACCACCUCAAACGGGACUCCACCGGUUCCUAGCACCUCUGGCGUGGUUUGCCAUCAUGUUGUGUCAAUCUCAUGACAUAACCAAGCAGAAUCUGUCUCAGAAGGAAUUGUUCAACUCGUUUCAGAUGAAAAAGAAAAAGGAAACAUGUUUUAGAGUAUGAUAUACAGAAACAGCAUUGGUGCUUGUACAACUGUGGGCAAGAAGGGUACAAAAUGCGAUUGACACGUCAAACGUUUUAAGGAGAGUAUCAAAUUAAACCAUAUUGUCUUUCCAGCUGCUGUUAGGAGCUCAUGGUAACUUUCAACAAACGUACUGUAUGAGGAAAAGAAAUGCACAUAUCGAUUCUGCUAUUCAGCCAAACGCCACACUUUCCCCAAUUUCAUUCGUUCCUUAGAUUAAUGCACUAUGUAGAUAGAAAAUCACCUUGUUUUUUCAAAGAGAAAGGAAUGACUGAA